AUGGAUUCUAAUCCAUAUAGACAAACAUCCAAAUUUGGUGAACUGCUUAACAGUCAACAAGAAACUGUAUUUAGUUUUUCACAAGAUAAUGUCUCACUAUCUUCAUCACAAGUCCCGGUUUUUGUCUUUCAAGCGACUGAAGAGACUCCUGCAGGGCGUAGGGAAAGGAGGAUUUGGACGACAGUAGAUGAUGUUGUGCUAAUCAGCUCGUGGUUAAACACAAGCAAAGAACCUAUUGUAGGGAACGAGCAAAGAUGUGGUACAUUCUGGAAAAGGAUUGCAGCUUACUUUGCUGCAAGUCCUAAGCUCUCAGACCGUGAACACAGAGAGGCAAGUCAUUGUAAGCAGUGCUGGCAGAAGAUCAACGACGUUGUCAACAAGUUUUGUGGGGCUUAUGAAGCCGCAAGUAGAGAGAAAAGCUCAGGUCAAAAUGAGAAUGAUGUUCUAGAAUGUGAUGACAGUGCACAAUCAUCAAGCUCUCACGCUAAUGAAACCACCAUUGCUGAGGAUGAUCAAGGAAGCAACCGACCACCGGGUGUUAAGGCAUCAAAGGGCCAUGGUAAGAAGAAGAUGGCAGAGGGGAAGACAUUGUCUGAGUUUCGGAGUAUGUGGAGCAUCAAGAAGGAGAAUUUGGCUAUGAAAGAAAAACUUUCUAAGAUGAAGCUACUUGACAGUUUAAUUGCAAAACAAGAACCCCUAGCUGAGUAUGAAGAAGCUCUAAAGAAGAAGCUCAUUAAUGAGUUGUUGGCCUAA